GUUUCUCUGUGUGAACCUAGUCUUUGGCGAAUCACUUGUAACAACUCUGCACUUAAGACUGGUUCUGGACUUGGAGUUUUUAUUUACUAGCGCGAACCGGUUUGGGACAUUUAUGGACUAGGCUGAAUCGGUUUGGGACUUAUUCCUCUUUCUUUUAAUCGAAUCAGCAACGACAAACAUACAGACGGGUUUUUGCAAAGAGAUUAAGCUCGCCAAAACUUUUUCGUGAUGUAUUUAUUUAUCUGUUUCAGAACAUCUUACAAACAAAAUAUACCGGAAAGCAUGAGGUAAACAAUUUUUUCGGUUGCAACGACCUGAUACAGAUGCUGUAAGCGAGAGAAGUGUGCCAACAUUUAACACCCAAGCACAGAAGCCGUCCACCGCACCAACAACCAAAUCAGCACCAAUAGCCCCCACUGCCACUACCGGAGUUGGAUUGUUGUAAUCAAAACAAAAUCAAGUUGCUUACAGCGUUGGAGCUCAUUCACGAAUUGACCAAGCAACAGUGGUAAUCAACAGAGUAUCGCGCAGCGCUAGGCAAAUAAACCGCUAAAGCAACUCUUUACAUAGUCGUCGCGCUGGCGGUAGUCAGUACUACUAUAAUAACAACAAACACCAGAUUAGCAUAUAAAUUAGUGGCGUCAACAAGAAUAGAAAAUCAUAAAUAACAAUGGGAUUGAGAUUUCAGCAAUUGAAAAAGCUAUGGCUGCUCUACCUGUUCCUGCUAUUCUUCGCAUUUUUCAUGUUUGCACUAAGUAUCAAUCUAUAUGUGUCCAGUAUACAAGGAUUUCAGCAGGAUAAUGUCCAUCCAAAGCCUCAGCCCCACCGUCGUUCACUCUGGCAAGCAAAAAACAUAGUUGCACACUACAUUGGUAAAGGUGAUAUAUUUGCCAAUUUAACCGCAGAUGACUACAACAUAAACCUAUUCAAUCCCAUUGAAGGCGAAGGUGCUGAUGGACGGCCAGUUGUAGUGCCAGCGCGCGAUAGCUUCCGCAUGCAACGAUUUUUCAAGCUAAAUAGCUUUAAUAUACUGGCCAGUGACCGUAUACCCUUGAAUCGUACGUUAAAAGAUUACAGAAUAAAAGAGUGUCGUGACAAAAGGUAUGACCACAACGAACUACCCACAACAUCAGUGAUAAUAGUUUUUCAUAAUGAGGCCUGGUCGGUGCUCUUGCGCACAAUAACCAGCGUUAUCAACCGGUCGCCGCGUAAAAUGAUCAAAGAAAUAAUUCUUGUUGACGAUGCUAGCGAUCGCUCUUACCUGAAGAAGCAACUCGAAGCCUAUAUUAAAGUACUUACGGUGCCAACACGUUUGCUGCGCAUACAGAAACGCGGCGGCUUAGUGCCAGCGCGCUUGUUGGGCGCCGAGCAUGCUAAGGGCGACGUUUUGACCUUUUUGGAUGCGCACUGCGAGUGCACGCGCGGCUGGUUAGAGCCAUUGCUGCAGCGUGUGAAGGAGUCGCGCACCAAUGUGGUAGCGCCGGUUAUCGAUAUAAUUUCCGAUGAUAAUUUUAGUUAUACAAAAACAUUUGAAAAUCAUUGGGGUGCUUUUAAUUGGCAGCUCAGUUUUAGAUGGUACAGCACCAGACGCAACAGAGCAACGCCAAAGAGUGACCGCACUGAGCCGAUCGCGUCACCGGCCAUGGCUGGUGGACUAUUUGCAAUCGACAAGAGCUAUUUCUUUGAAAUUGGCUCAUACGACAAAGAGAUGAAGAUUUGGGGCGGCGAAAAUGUUGAGAUGUCUUUCCGCGUGUGGCAAUGUGGAGGUCGUGUCGAAAUCUGUCCCUGUUCGCACGUAGGCCAUGUUUUCCGCAGCACUACACCGUACACCUUCCCAGGCGGCAUGAGCGAAGUGUUGGGAAAUAAUUUAGCGCGCGCCGCUAUGACUUGGAUGGACGACUGGCAAUAUUUUAUACUCUUGUACACAUCCGGUCUCUCUUUGGAGACACGUGAACGGAUUGAUGUCAGCGAUCGCCUCUCCCUGCGCGAGAAACUCCAAUGCAAACCAUUUUCCUGGUAUUUAGAGAAUAUAUGGCCGGAACAUUUCUUCCCAACACCCGAUCGUUUCUUUGGCAAAAUUAUUUGGCUAGAUGGCGAGACUGAGUGUGCGCAGGCAUACACGAAACACAUGAAAAAUUUACCAGGACGUCGGUUGUCGCGCGAGUGGCCGCGAAUUUUUAAAGAAAUCGAAAGCAAUGGUGAACAAUUUAUGUCGCUAAUCGAUUUGGAUCGCGACAAGUGUUUGCUGCCGACGGAUAAGGAUUUGCCGCAUACUGCAUUGCAAACGGCUACAGUUCGCGAUUGCAAUGCGCAUCCCAAGUCUAUGGAUAUGUAUGUCGUUACACCGAAAGGACAAAUCAUGACUAAUGAUAAUGUGUGUCUGACGUACAGAGAGCCGAAGUUAGGAGUUAUACAGCAGCUUAAGAGCCGCAACUUAACUUCAAAUGUGCAAUUGACCAUGUGCUUAGAUCAUCCGCGGCAGUAUUGGAUCUACGACAUGGAUACUCAGCAUAUUUCGCACCGCGAUUCAAAACUUUGCCUCACCUUGAAAGCAACCAAAAUGCCACGCACCGAAAAGGUGGAGAAAAUCGUUGUUGCCAUUGAAUGUGAUUAUAAAGACAUCACGCAGAAGUGGGGUCUCAUACCACUGCCAUGGAGAAUUUAAAAAUGUUUUACAGAAAAUCACUCACAAAACCGCGCGAUCACAAAAGAUUAUAAAGCGCGAAUUUUUUUUUACAGAAGCAAUUAGAAAUGCCAAUUAAAUUAAAAACAAUUACGAUAAAAUUAAGAUAAGCAUCAUGUUAGAAGAGAAGACGCAUCAAUUCAUGGAGACAAGCGAAAAACACGAAGUGAAUGAACACUUGCGAAGUGUACUUGUGAUAUUUUUUUGUUAUUUGAAAAUUUGUAGAAAAAAAAAUCUUUAGUUCUUACGUCCAGUACUGAGACCGAAAUACCAGCCACCAAGAACCAACACCGUAAACAAAAAGGAAACAACAUCAACAACAAUAACCACCAAUAAACAUAAUCAGUACUUUUACCCACAAUAUACACAGAUAUACAUACCUAUUUAUAUCUAAAUACCUGUUCGACUAGAGUAGUAGUUAAUAUUUACUAAACUAUACUAUUUAUUUUAACACUAUUUUUAAUGAAAUUUUGUAGAACAAAAAAAGCGUUUACAUUAAGAAGCGUACUGAAAGUACGUGCAAAAAAUAUUUAGAUAUAAUUAAGUUGAUAAGUUUUAUUAAAAUAUAGAAGGUAAUCAAAUUCUCUUGCUAAACUUGUUAGUUAACUCAAUGCUUAAUGCUACUAAAUCAAAUUGAAGUUGUCAACUGCUAAUGCUGCUAUUUACGAACAGCGUACUGCUGCUUUAAAAUUAAAUAAAUUCUUCUUUUGCCAAUAAAACACGAAAAUAACAAUGGAUUUUUUAUAUUAUCUUUUACAGGCGCACGCGUAAUUAGAUGUAUUAAAUAAUUUUGAAUCACUUGUUUAUUUAUAAUCACAAGCAUUUCGUUUUGCUGUGGAAUGAAUUAAGUAUACGAGAAAACGUAUAUUCGAUGAAUUACGGUGGCGAAAUUAUGCACAGACACACAUUCGGGAUAAAAUGCAAUUAA